CCUUCAGUGCGAGUUUCCCACCACAUUCAGCGACGGCAGGGACAAGAUCGGACAACACUCGACCACGUCCAGAUUCAGACUCUCUUUCUAGUCUUGUGCUGUUUCUUCCUGUGGAGAAACACUGUGAAGUGCAGAAUUACCUUCAGCGAGCAGCAGCCAUGGACGUCCGAGUCAUCCUGCUGUUGAUUACAGCUGUUCAGGCCAUCGCUGCUUCUUCUAAUGGAAGCGACCCACGCAGUUUUGUAUUGUCCAGACACACGGAGACCUACACCUAUGAACCCAUCGACUACCCAUUCCCUGACCUGGAAACCCGGGCAAGCCAACCCAAACACUCAGGAAACAACAGCCGCAGGAUUCGACUGGGUUCCUUGUGCAACAGCUCUGCCCAGAACUGCAACAGAACCGCAUCCAGAGUGAUCAUCUCUGUCUCCGAGCAGACCAAAUCCUUCCUCACAGGGCCGCUGGUCACAGGCUUCAUCCCCACCGUCUACACCCUUGUUUUCCUGAUCAGUGUGCCGCUGAACGCCCUGGCGUUUGUGGUGUUCUCCUUCCGGAUUCACCGGAAGAAGCCGGUGGUGGUGUACAUGUCUCAGUUGGCGCUGGCUGACCUGUUGUUCGGCCUGCUGCUGCCGCUGAAGGUGCAUUACUAUGCCCGUGGUUCUCACUGGGUGUUCGGAGAGGCGGCGUGCCGUGCAGUUACAAUGGCAUUCUAUGGCUACAUGAACUGUUCCACGUUGCUGGUGAUGUGCAUAAGUGUGGACCGCAUGCUUGCUGUGGUGUUCCCUGUUGCAACCAUGCAUUGGCGUAAACCACAGAACGCAGUGCUGGUGUGCGUGGGGGUGUGGCUCCUGGCACUAGUGGCAGCGGUGCCUUUGCUAACCAUAGAGCAGACUGUGCCAAUCACAGGGAUUGGUACCACCUGCCACGAUGUGCUGGACCCAGCAGACCCUCGCUACGUGCAACUCUUCACCUCCAUCAGCUGCAUACUUUACCUCCUACCUCUGGUUAUUACAAUGUCCUGCUAUGCCACCAUCAUUCGUUUUGUCAAGACCAAGAAGUCGCUAGAAGGAGCUCUGGCCUCAUCAUCGCUAUCAAGGAAAAGGAGGAGGAGAGCCGCUGUCAUGGUGGUCUCCGUGGCGACGGAGUUUAUGGUGUGUUUUGGGCCGACUAAUGUGAUCCUGCUGCUGCACUGCAUACUGCUCUGGAUGGGCCAGGAUACAGCGCACUCAGAUGAAGUGUACGCUGCGUACAUCCUGGCGGUUUGCAUGGGCAGUGUCAGCACAUGCCUGGACCCGCUGCUUUACUACUUUGGCUCCUUGCAGUGCCGACGGCAGAUCCGCUGUGCCAUGUGUUGGAGGAAGGGAAAGCAGACAGAUGAAGCUUCUCAGCCUCAAUCCAGCUCGACAUGGGGAAGCUGCAAAUACAGCACACCAUGCAGAGUGCAAACAGAAACCAUCAGCUAGUGGAAACAAAAGAGGUGGUGUUGAGGAGUCUUGAGGUUUGAGUUCAGGAUUGUGGUAAUCAGUAUUAGAAAAAUUGGUGAAACUACUGUAGGUCAGUGUUCAUAAGGCUACAUGACGGUUGCGUAAGACCAUUUUGAAAAUUUCCACUUUGUCACUUACUAAAACGAUCAUACUCAAGUUUUACUAUAGUUUCAGUAGUUACUGUUUUGGUAGUGACCAUUUUAGCUCAUUUGAAGUUUGUAAAAGACAUUUCAUAUGUUUUAUCUGAAGCUUGUAGCAGACAUUAUCAUAUAUCUGAGCUUGUAUGUAUCACUUGUAUGUGUCAAAGGGACUCAUUCAGUAAAGAGUGUCAUAGAGCUGCUGCCGCUGUUUUACAUUCCUAACAACUACCUGGAACCUGCUUAGGCUAUGGCUCAUAUUCACAGUCAGUAAUGUGUCUAGAACCUCAAGAAGGGUGAUGUUUUUUUCUUACAAAAUCGGUCCUCCCACUGUAAAUCAAGCCUGAUUGUUUUCCUCUGUCAUUCCCCAUUUAUAUUGGUAGUUAAUUUAACAUGUAAUGCUGUGUUUAUAUGUGAGCUGUAAGCAGUUGACAGCAAAAUGAGUCCAUUGUUUUCAAUAGAGCAGAGACCACAGUUGCUAACGGAACAUUCCAUCAAGAGUUCAAUUUACCCAACUUUUGCCAUUGACUGCAAAGGUGAAAUAAACUGGAUAUUGUGGUUUUUAGACUAGAAAUCCCGUAUUACAAUACAAAACAUUAAAGAUGCCUUAAGAAACAUGUAAAUGCCCUUUACAAGCUCCCAAAUCCUAACCAAUGGGAAAGCUUGCCUGGCUAUAUCUACCUAGAUACCUCAGAGAAAACAAUCCUGAUUGGAUAAUUUUCUGUUGGGCAUUUCAUAAAUAUAUUCAUUUUUUGUAACCAAAACUUAACAAUGAAAUAUGAGUAUUAGUACAAUACUUGCAGAGUUUAAAUACAGCUAUUAAAUAAAAAUGAACUAAAAAUUACAGAUGUAUUUUUUUUGUUAUCCACAGAAAUCAUUAGUCUUCCUCUGAAUGUUUAGACUGUUCAGAAAAUUUCAGCCUAAGGAUAAAAACAAACUGAUUUAUUUGAGGACACCAAUCUUAAUGUGGUAAAUUAAUAAAACACUUUCAUUUUCAACAUUAUGGGUAACUUUGUCAGUUUUGCUACAGUCAUGAACCAUCAGUACUGCAAUGCUGUUCUUCUGCCGCUCACAGCAGCAUCAGGUUCAACAGGGCUUAAAAUAACUAAACUUUCAUUACAUUAAAACCUUCAGUCUGAAGCAAAGAACUGAGAACUUUUUAAACAAAAGAGACAAAACAGUCACCCUCUAGCAUGUAGGUUGGAUAGCAAGUACGCUAACUAGCACAAUGGCUAAUUUAAUACCUGACUAAAGUUUCACUAAGUUACAGAUCACAUAGCUGGAUUAGUUCUAAUGACAGCUUGCAGGAGUUAGCAAGUACGCCAACUAGCAACUUAGGUUUCAGUUUCAGUUUCAAGUUACAGAUAACAUAGCUGGACUAGCUAUAAUGCUAAUUUUCUAGCAUGCUUGCUGUUGAACCUGACAUGUUUUCAGUAGAAGCUCUG